GACAGCAAGUUUUGUCAUUUUGUGUUGACGUUUCUUUUUCACACAAUUUUCGCUGUUUAACUCGUGGCGUGUGUAUUCUCUGAUUUUUGUGCUUAAAUAUUGGCAAAAAGAUGCCUGGUGUUGACACUAUUAAAUCCUCUUGGGCCGAUGAGGUGGAGCUCGACUACGGCGGCCUGCCACCUACCACAGAGAUAGUUGAAAACGGCUACAAAUACGUCACAGAAUAUAAGUACAACAAAGAUGACAAAAAGACAAAAGUUGUGCGCACCUAUAAAAUUUCCAAGCAAGUCGUGCCGAAAACCGUAGCCAAACGACGCACCUGGCCGAAAUUUGGUGACUCAAAGAACGACAAACCCGGUCCAAACUCACAUACCACUAUGGUGUCGGAAGAAAUUUUCAUGCAGUUCCUCAACUCCAAAGAAGAAGAGAAGGCCAACGACCCACUACUCGAUCCCUCUAAGAAUAUUGCCAAGUGUCGUAUUUGCAAUGGUGAGCAUUGGUCAGUUAAUUGCCCAUAUAAGGGUACCGCCAUGGAUACAAACUUAAUGGAGAAGAAAGCGGCUGCCGCUGCAACAGCUGUGGUCGAAGCACCCAAAACUGGCAAGUAUGUGCCACCAUACCUUAAGGACAGUCAAAAAGGUGGUAUGGGCAUGCGUGGACGUGAUGAUACUGCCGCUAUCCGCAUUUCCAAUUUGUCGGAAUCGAUGACCGAAGCCGAUUUGGAUGAGCUGGUGAAGAAAAUUGGACAACACAGUAAAAUGUAUUUGGCGCGCGAUAAGAAUACUGGUCUCUGCAAAGGGUUUGCGUAUGUGCAUUUCAAGCAACGCAAGGAUGCCGCUGCUGCUAUUGAAAUUCUCAAUGGUCACGGUUAUGAUCAUUUGAUUUUGAAUGUGGAAUGGUCGAAGCCGCAAAACAACUGAUCGACGCUGUCGAAAGGUGCAAGAGCAACAUGAACGUAGCAGCAGCAACAUUAAAAUAAUUUUAUAAUAUAAAUAAAAAAUAUGGCAUAUAUAUACGAGUAUAUUUAAAAUUUCAUGCGGGCUUUUACAGUAGGCGUUAACUAUUGCAAAGGCAUAACCGAAAGAUCAAAUAAAUAAUCUAAAAAUAUGUAAAAACUAAA